AUGAUGAGCUCGGCAGUAGAUGAUCUAGUCGCUCGGUUCGAACGCUAUUCCAACCUGGACGCUGAGCGAGCGGAUCUAAUCAAAAGUCUCCUGGAGAGAACCCGCGAAUAUGAAUACCAGUCGGAAAAUCUUCAGAUCGAGUUGGAACACGAACGAGAGUCUCGUACUCGGUAUCAGCUUGAGCUUCGUAAAUUGCGGGAAGAGAAGAAGGCGCUAGACUAUACGAUUAAUAAGGAACCCUAUGUGGUCGUCCUGGUGGAUGGGGAUGGUGCCAUUUUCCACGAUGAUUUGCUUCGUGAUCCUCAAAAGGGAGCCCCUGAAGCGGCCCUUCGGCUGCGGCAGGCUGUGCGAAGCCAUCUCAAAGACACGCCCUUAGGGACGGAGCAGGUCCCCGUUAUAGUCCGCAUCUUUGUUAAUCUGACUGGCCUUGCCAAAUCACUAUGCACGGCCAAGGUGAUUGAACAGGAAGCCCAUAUGCGGCUCUUUGCCGAACUCUUUACUAACAGCCGAGCGGAGUUCGACUUUGUCAACGUGGGCCAUGGCAAGGAGAAUGCCGAUUCUAAGAUGCGUAAAAUGCUUACCCACUACUACAAUAAUUUCCAAUGCAAGAAGAUCUUCUUUGCGGGCUGCCACGACAACGGUUAUCUCCAUGAGCUGCGGGAGCACGAGGGAGACUUCGAGGCUAAGGAACGCAUCAUCCUGCUAGAAACUACACCGGCCCAGCCGUCUUUUAAAUCCCUAGAUUUCACCAUGACUCGUUUUGAUUCCGUCUUUCGGACCGAGCCGCUGCGCGCGGAGCCCGGGCGCAACCUGUCCCCGACGGUUUUGAAGCCCGUAACAGCCCUCGCGUCGCCCCCAGUUGAGCAGCCGCCAACGGUCUCUGCUCCCGUUCCUAAUAAAUCUUCGCCCGUUACUGCCAGACCGCUUCUAUCUCCGGAUCAAGAAUCGAUCGCGAGUUCUGGAAAUGGCGGCUACUCCAUUCAGUAUCCCGCCAGCACGUCGUCCACUUACGCAUCCGCCGGUGGCGCCAAUGGUCAUCAAAAUGUCUCGAUCGCACCGGCCAAGACUAAACCUCCUAAAGUCAUUGAUUACAACUUUGACGGACUACGGAUUGACCCGCCUAGCAAGUACCCCAGCAAUCCCUCCGACCAGGCCUCCUACCGGGAGAAGGUGGAGCGAAUCAAACCCAAGGCAUUCUGCAACGGGCUCUACCUCGUGGGCCGCUGCGAGCGCAAACCCAAUUGUCCGAUGGAACAUUCGGUCAAGCUCACCCCCGGGGAAGUCGCCGUCCACCGAUACAAGGCUCGCACGACGAUGUGUUCCCACGGCCCGGAAUGCGAUAACUACAACUGUUAUUUAAGUCACCACUGUCCGCACGGUCUCAGUUGCUCGCGUGGCGGGGACUGCAAGUUUAACGGAACCGAUUAUGGCGAUUUACAUUAUACCAAGGAGGACAUGGAGCCCUAUACUCGAUGGAUCGAGGGCAAUCCUUUCCCCAUUCGCCUUGAUUAA